GGCCUAAUCGUCUAGAAUCUCAGCUCUUGUUCCCAGCACGACCCAGGCUCUGCCCUCCAGCAUGGCCGCGAGCAGCUUCAUUGGCACAUUUGUUGAGGUGCAGCUCUCGCACGGCGCUGACCUCUUCGGGUUCAUCACCGCCGUCGAUCCUGUAGCACAGACGCUGAGCUUCCGCGACCCUCACACCGGGCAUAUCAGCACACUCUCCAAGGGAGAUAUCGUCAAUUUGCAGAUCAAAGAGGCUCCCCUGCUUGAUCAUCCAUUGACAAAGGAUGAGGCUGACAAAUUGCAGGCGCAGGCCGACUUUCAUCCAGCAGCGCGAGAGCUGUCACAGCCCCCGACAAAGCCGGCAGCAGCAGCAGUAGAUCAUACCAUAGUCCGACCGCACGACGAGAAACAGGUGCAACUGAAGCAGCAGCCUAAGGAGAAGCGAAAACAGAAGGACAAGGGUGCGCACAUUCGGAGCGAAACACCGACACGUGCUGCUCAGCACGGACAGCAGCAGCAGCAACGACAGCCAAACAAAAGCGAACGAUCACAAGAAGCACAACAUUCUACAUGCGCAGCGGCGUAUAUGAAAGAAUUUGACUUCCAAGCGAACUUGGAUCAGUUUGACAAAAAGAAGAUCUGGGAGGAGAUUCGGAAUUCGGACAAGACCGAUCCAUCGCUGCUUUUAGUGUCUCACAAUCGUGCUUCAAUUCCCGUGCAGCUAGUACGCGGCCCAAAUGGUAUCGGGCCGGUACCUAUUGGAGGACAUCGCAACGGCGACAACGUUUCGGACUCUGCACGUGUCUCGCGUCGUCAGGUGGGAGGUGCAGGUGUGGGAGACGGAGGAGGUGCACGGAGAAGGAAUGGGCAAGAAAAAUUAGGGAACUACGAACCGGUUCUUAGUCCAAGUCCGCCGCCUGUGGAAGAGCGAAGGGCGGAUGCAGACGCAGCCACAAGCGGCACGAACUACGCCUUUCCCCCCAUGGAUGGACAUGUGGCUGGCAAAAUCAGCGCCAGAGUUGAUAGCGAAACUCUACGAGCGGAGUUACGCGAAUUGCAUUUCAAGCUUACCCUGCUCCAGACGCUUUCAGGCAUCACGAUACACGAGCAAGGAUCCAGCGGAACUAGGUCCUCGAAUGGGUCUGACCACCACCAGCAGGAACAAGCCCACAGAAAGUACCAGUGUACAGUGUGGAAAGAUCACAAGGCACAGGCCGAAGCACGUGAAUCGGGCGGCUUGGAAGGCUGCCUCUGUUUUUCCGUCGCAGCCACCAUGCAGCAUCAGCAGAAAACUAAGAGGACUGUCGCUUCCCCUUUGUCUGCACAUACCAUGUCAACGGACGCAUCGUCAGCGUCAGCAGCAUCGCAGGCACAGCAUGUAGCGGUCGCCAUCGGGGGUUUCAGGUAUCUUGGGCCCAUUGCGGCUCGCAGCGAUGCGACAAUCAUCGAGAAUAUGCCGGCGAAAUACAAGCAAGAGCUGAGCUUGCGCAACGAGACUGCUAGCAUCUUUUUCAGGCGCCUGCGCCAGGCUGCAUUCGGCGAAGCUGGGUGAGAAGCAUAGCAUGGCGCGCAUAUGUGCCGCGCAUUGACUCGUGAUUAAUGUAACCCUGUGUUGCCGUCACGUGUUAUCUACGUCAAUAUUGCAUUGCACUUUCAC